AUGUUAUAUUCUAAUCAACAGGCCUAUCAAGCGUACCGUGAAAUACGUGAUACAAUAACAUCGAACUUGAAACCAUACAAGGUGGUAUUGUUUGUCCCUAUGGAAGCGCAGGCUCUCUGUGGGUAUGCAGUCUUGGCGAAUUUAUUGACAAUUGAUGCACCACAUCCGCAUCCCUUCAAGGCAUGUUUUUUAUCACAGUACGAGGACGUAAAUGAGCAUUAUCGAAGCGAAGAGAGGAAUGAGACCGCAAGUUAUAGGAUAUUUGUUAUGAUCAAUUGUGGGGGAGACAGAAAUAUGAAAAAGCUAUUCAACCUUUCAGCAUCGCCGAAUUUAAAAGUAUACAUAUUUGAUAGCAAAAGAUCUUGGCAUCACAAAAAUAUUGACGAGGAUAAUAAACAGGUAAUCCUAGUUGACAACUCAAUAACAGAUGAUAAAACCCGUGGCCGUCCGGUCUCAUGCCAAUUCUACGAAAUUGCUUUCCAAAACGGUACACGGAUUGAAUCUGAACAAAGAUUAUGGUGGGCAAUAAUUGGAUUGACGAGCGCGUUUUUGAAUAAAGAGAUAAAAGAUGAAGUCUAUGAGGUGUACACGAAGCUCUACGUGGAGGAAAUCCGGAGAAUUGGAGAAACUUUACCGAACGGAAUUCGUUUGGCUGUUCAAGAAGAAUAUCCUUUGAUACGAUUAGAAUAUUAG